GAGGGAUCACAGAUGUGUGGCAAGAUCAAGGAAUUCGUAUCGAGAAGACGUUUGGUCCGCAAGCGGCGGAGCGAGUGGGUAUUAAUGAUGUUUUGCGAGGGGAUUUGUUCUGAAGCCUUCUCAUCGUCUGGAUUGGUAGCUUGCUUGCAGGUUUCUACUAAACAGAGGAAGAUCAAGUAGCCCUUGUCUGGUUCUGGUCUCGUGCGUAAUGCAACCGCAGCAGGCCAGUCCAGCUAGUUCCGGCGACAGUGCCACGGCACGCCCUCUACGCCCUCUCCUCCCUGUAGCCUCACCGAGAGUUGAGGCUCCGCCCACACAAUCGAAGCGAGCUCGCGUGUCCCUAGCUUGUGCAGCCUGCAGAAGUCGAAAAACCAAGUGUAACGGCGACCGACCCAGUUGCAGUGAAUGCACGUCCCGCGACUCGCACUGCCAGUACACGGAAACGGAGAAUACUCAGUCGAAACGUAAACAUCAAGACCUGGAAGAGUUGUUCGAGUUGCUCAAGUCGCUACCGGAUGAGGACGCGAAUGAGAUCCUGGCGAGGAUCAGAGCUGGCGUGGAACCGAGAGAGAUUGUUGAUAGUGUGAAGCAUGGUCAUUUGCUUGUGCAAUUUGCUGCGACGUUUGGAGAUAGUAGGGGUAUUGUGAGCAGCGAGGUUGAUGGCGGUAGCAAGAGCGGAAGCGGGAAUUUUUCAGGCGAAACCCAGGAGCCGGGCAUGGAUUCGGAGUCGUCAUCCAAGCCGAAUAGCUGACGAACUGAAUCCAAGAAUACCUAACAUGCGUCGGGAUCAACGUGGCAAGUCCAACUUUGGCUGCCCAGGCGUAUGUCAGAC